AUGCCAUUAACAAUGGUUGUUGGUUCUAUUAUUGCAGGAAUGACUAGUGAAGGUGGUGGGGCUGUUGCCUUCCCUAUUGGAAUGACAAUGGCAUUUUUUGUUAUUAUUUUUAUGAGAAUUCAAAUUGAGUGGAGGGCUAUUAUAUUUGGAACUAUUGGGGCUAUACCUGGGGCUUUAAUUGGAUUUACUUUAAUUGAACCUUUAUUUAAUCCCCAAACUGAGAAAAUGCUUUUUGUGAGUAUCUGGUCUUCAUUUGCCAUUUCUCUAUGGAUUUUAAAUUGUGAAAAGAAAAGGAAAACUUUUAAUACAAUUGAAAAUUUUUGUUUUUGGAAAUGCAUUAUACUUAUUUUAACUGGAUUUAUUGGAGCAAUAAAUUCUCAAUUUUGUAUUUAUUGGCGAGCAAUAAUUAUGAGCGAGCCAAUUAGUCAAUUAGCUUAUAAUUAUAUUAAAGUCACAGUCCCAGUAACAAGUAUUUGUGCCCCAAUUGGAAGUUUUCUCGGUUCACAUUUCCACAGACAGGCUUGA